UUUAAUUACUUUGUGUUUUAUUUAACAUAUUUUUAUCUCUUAUAAUAAAUAAAAAAAAUAGUUAAAUAAUUAUUACAAAAAUAAUAAUAAGUAAUAAAUAAUAAUAAUAAUAAAGUGUUGUGUAAAUCAAUAGUAAUAGUAAUUUAAUCAAAAGUAAUCAAAAGUGGAAAGAAUUGAGACAUCAGUCAAAUCAAAGCUGGAAUCAGAAGAGAGUGAAGCGAACCGCAGACCAUCUCUAUUGGCGAAUGUAAUGAUGGGAUGUUUCGGCGGAUCCAACUCUAAGAACGAUGCAGAGGAGGACAAGAAACGCAAAGAAGCCAAUAAACGCAUCGAAAAGCAGAUCCAGAAAGACAAACAAAUAUAUAGAGCCACUCAUCGACUACUACUGCUCGGUGCGGGUGAGUCCGGGAAGAGUACGAUUGUCAAACAAAUGAGGAUUUUACACGUCAAUGGAUUUAGUGAAGACGAAAAGAGACAAAAGAUUGAGGACAUCAAGAAAAAUAUUAGGGAUGCAAUUCUGACAAUAACGGGUGCAAUGAGCACUUUGGUACCUCCGGUUCAAUUGGAAAACCCCGACAACCAGUGGAGAGUAGAUUACAUUCAAGACGUGGCCAGUAAUCCUGAUUUUGAUUACCCGACCGAAUUUUACGAACACACGGAAGUGCUUUGGAAGGAUAGGGGGGUUUUACUGGCAUUUGAGAGAUCCAAUGAGUAUCAGCUAAUAGAUUGCGCCAAAUAUUUUUUAGAUCGGGUCCAUAUCGUCAAAAUGGCUGACUAUACGCCUUCAGAACAGGAUAUCUUGAGAUGUCGUGUCUUAACCUCAGGAAUAUUUGAAACCAAAUUUCAAGUGGAAAAAGUCAACUUCCAUAUGUUUGAUGUCGGUGGACAACGUGAUGAGCGACGAAAAUGGAUCCAAUGUUUCAAUGAUGUGACUGCCAUUAUAUUUGUGACCGCCUGUAGCAGCUAUAAUAUGGUGCUCAGGGAAGACCCCAAUCAAAACCGAUUGCGGGAAUCACUCGAUCUCUUUAAAAGUAUAUGGAAUAAUAGGUGGUUAAGGACGAUAUCAGUUAUUUUAUUUCUCAAUAAACAAGACUUAUUAGCCGAAAAAGUAAAGGCAGGAAAGUCUAAAAUAGAGGACUAUUUUUGUGAAUUCGCUCACUACCAGACACCACCCGAUGCUGUCUUUGAUCCGGGAGAGGAUCCAGACUUUGUUAAAGCCAAGUAUUUUAUUAGAGAUGAGUUCCUGCGCAUCAGUACAGCCAGUGGUGACGGCAAACACUAUUGUUAUCCUCACUUCACGUGUGCGGUCGACACAGAAAAUAUCAGACGAGUGUUUAACGACUGUCGAGAUAUUAUUCAAAGAAUGCAUUUAAGACAAUACGAGUUAUUGUGAUUCCGGUGCAAACCAGACGUUAACACAAUUAGGUUUUUAAUUAGUGUUUCAAUCAAUUUAUUUUCUCACCCAAACAUUGCAUCUGCAAAAUGACUCUCAAUUUAACAAUUAUUACAAUAACUGUUUAAAGACAAGAAACGCAACGGUUUGGGGUUUGUCUUGAGUUUAAUCCUCAGCUUUUGGUUAUUAUACCGAAAUGUUAACUCUGAAGACUAGCAUUAGAGCCAAAACAACAGCAAAUUAAUGACAUGAAUAUACAACUAAAUAGAUGCCUCAAGAGAUGACUUUUUUAGAAAAAUUGACUAUUUGUUGAUAAUAUAUAUUAUUCAAACAAAAAAGACUUCAAUCACUGAAUUCAUCACAUCUUUUGACGCAUCAAAUUGCAGGUCAUCGGAGGUCACAUACACACCACCAAUACAUGUAAGACAUGCAUCAGAAUCAUCUAAAUCAUGAGUGUCAUCAACUGUCAUGUGAAUCAUUGUCAGUCAUCAUCUCUUCAGCCAUCGUCUGCCAACCACUCUCUGCCUAUAAUCAAGAAUUUUGAGUCCAUUAAUCAAAUGCAACCCAUUUUAAUGAUAUGAUAUAUAAUUGUUUUAAGCAAAAAAAAUUCUUGUAAGUCGUGCUCAUAAUUGAAUUUAUAUGAAGAUAUAAGAAAUGAUUUUGAAUUAUGAAAACAAAACAAAGAUUUGAAGUAAAUAUUUGUUUAAAAAAAUAACAGCAUUUUUGUGUCGAAUUUGAUGAAAGCGCACAUCCAAUUGAUUUUAAUUUGAUUGUUUGUAAACUCAUUUUUCAAAUUGUUGUUUAGUCAACCCUUUAAUAUUUGAAUUUGUUAUUAAUAACAAUAAUAAUAAUAAUAACAAAGCCCUAUAG